AUGGGAAUGGAAUGGGCCACCAAGAACAUCAUAAUCAGCAUCUUUAUCCUCAUCAUCAAGUACGGCCACCGCCUCCUCCGCCGCCUGGAUAUCAACCUCCUUAUCAUGUGCAACAACCCUAUUAUCCACCACCACCACCACCACCACCACCACCACCACCACCUCCGCCGCCGCCUGGAUACCAGCAUCCUUAUCCUAUGCCUUAUCCUUAUCCUAUGCCUCAUCCUUAUCCCCAUUACCCACAACCACCCCGCGAGCCAGAUCGUCCGCCAGCUCCUAAACCUGAUCCAUGCCCCGUCAGUCCCGAGUCUACCUGCAUCACUGACAGUAAUCGUCAUUGAGUCGCUGAGGAUGCGGAACUAG